AUGGGGGACACCUUGAGUGACCACUCCGGGGGGACUCCCCUGGAGAAGUCGGCGGCGGACCCCUUCCUCCCGCGGUAUACGCUGGUUCGGACGCCGGCCCGGUCCCAGGGCGGCCGAUCCGGAUCGGCCGGCCCCUCGCCGGCGCUCCCGGCCAUGGAUGAAGACACAUCUCCUCCCAUGCCACCGGCUCCCCUUCUGGCUUCGAGCAUUCCCCCUUUGGCUACUUCUUCCUCGCAACUGAUGGCCUCGCUCCGCCAGGCUGAUCCCUCCCUGAGUGUAGGCCCGGCCUCGGGGGCACCGGCGCCGGGCGACCUGUCGCCAUCACGAUUCCGCGGCGGGGCAUACCUCCAGAGCCGGCCCGCUUCCGCACCGCGGCCGCCCCUCCGCGGCCAUGGGGACAUCCCCCUCCCCCACGCUGAUCGCUCCUUCCUGGCCAUUUCCGAUCGUAAGCGCGCGUUAGCCUCAUCUCAGCGUUCGCGCGAGGUCCUUCUGGAUCAGGUUAACAAGCUAAUGCAGCGCCGGGAUCACCUUGCGUCCACGGUUCGGCAGAUGCUGCUCAAGGCCGAUGCCACGCCUGAUGAUGUGGCCCUCCUGGCGGUUGAUGGGCUCCGAGAUAUGGCUGCACGGAUCGACCGCGGCGAGUGUCGGCGCUUUUCUUCCCAGUCCAGCGACGUUCCUGCCGAUGGCACUGAUGACGAUCUCAUCGGCUCGUCGCAACUCCUGUCGGAGCUGCGGAGCCGGGUGCAGGAGAAGCAGGCCCGGCUGGCUGACAUUCAGAGGCGCCUCCGUGAAGUUCAACAAUCCUCGAACACGGCCAAAGAAGCUGCUUCCGACAUUCCGGCAACCGGCAAUGUGCACCGUGCCAACAGCCCAUCCAGACGGACAUCCAUCACCCGCGGCUCGCUGGGCAGCAACUCCGCCCCGGGAGAAGCGACCUUGGCCACGGGGGGCCCGGUGACUGCAUCUCCAGCUGCUCCUGCCCGGCCUGUCGCUGCGGCACCGCCGAUCGCGGUCCCGAGCAGCGAUCAGUUGUCACCCCCGCCAAGCGCCGACGUGGCGGCCAUCGGAAUGUCUUCCCCAGUGGCGAAUGGGGCCAGCAACCAAACCACGCCGAGUCCCCCCGAUGCCCUGGCUUCUGCUGGCUCUGGCGAUGAUGCUCCUCCAAAGUCCCCGGCCUCGGCCGAGCCUGCGGAUGCUGCCCCCACCUGGCAGCCCUCCUCCGCCGAACGGAGGCCCACAGGUCGGCCGAUCCCCCUUCCGCCAGUCUCUCCCCUUCCCUCGAGCAAGCGCCCGCGCCAUGACAGUUCGCCUGGGCAGCCCCCUCGCCUGGACCGGCACUUUCACACACCCGAGCGCCCCACCCGGCCUGCUGGUUCUCUGGCAGUGAGCACCCCCCAGCCUGGCGGGGCACCCGUCCCAGGGGGGGACCUCGAUUUCACCACCCCCCGGCGCUCGCAACUCCUGUCAAACCUGCUGGCCUUCUCGCCGAUUGAGCCCAGCCAGGUGCCGGGGCCUGAUGGCAUGUCGCCACUGGACAACAUCUCCAUCCCCCUGGCAUCGUCGGAUCUCAGCCCCACGAGGGCUUCCUCCCCGAGAAGCCAGCCGCCGCCCCCGCCGGUCGCCUCGCGCCCGGCCUCGUCAUUGGCCAAACCCUUGCAGCCCGGUACUGGGUCGGGUUCGACUUCGGUCCCGACUUCGACCCCAGCUUCAGCCCGGGACCUGGGCCCCGCCUUGCCAGCACUUGCGCCCGUCAUCUCGCCGGCCCUGCAACGGCGGCUCCCGCCGACCUCCUUCCCGGGCACGGCGUCGCCACUGUUUGUUCGGCCCCGCCCGGCCCCGGCCACAUCCUUGCAACGCCGCGUCGGGUCGCUGGCGGCCGUGGUAGCCACCGCGUCCGCCGAACCCGCCUCCCCCAGUCCGAUGACUGCCCUGGCUGCCGGCGCACCAUCCGCCGCCGUCGCCGCCGCCUCCUCCUCCUCCUCCUCUUCAGAUCUUUCCCCUGUACACUCACAGCAGGACCACCGUCCAUUUGGAGAUGAUGCUGACGAUGGUCUGUAUCAGCACCCGCAGCACCCGCAGCACUCGCGGCAGCAGCAGCAGCAGCAGCAGCAGCAGCAUGAUCAUCUUCAUCAGGCUUUGAACUUCCAGACCCCAGGCCCGGCUACCCGGCGCUCGCGCCCUGGCGAGCCUGCCAGCUUGUCGGCCUUCCCCCCGAGCACCUUUGACACCGUGCCUGCUUCCCUCACUCCAGGCCACCCAUCGCUGCUGUCCACUCGCCACGGCAAUCACCACACUCAGGGCACAUUUGGGCCUGAGUUCCUGUGGGACGCCCCGGCACCUGCCCCGGGGACCCCGGUUCCGAGCCGGACACCCGGCCCUGGCCCUGUUGGCGGUGCCCCCAGGCCGGCUGCCACGUCGGAUAAUCCCUCUGUGGGGAUGAUGGGCGGGCAUGCGCCGCGCGGAAUUGCCGGCACCCCUGACCUCCGAGCGCAGCUUUCUCAUCGAGACAGAGUCGCCAUGACCGGACACUCGAUUGAUGCUCUGCGCACCCGCCGGCAGGUGGAUCUCUGGCCCGCACGGGUGGUCCUGCAGGGGCUGACGCGGCAGGGUCGCCGGCUGGGGUCGUGGGCCGGCUGA